AUGGUAUCAGAUAACGCAACAAUCUUUACAAGUGAGGAAUUAAAAGAAUUUUGCCAAAAAGCAGGUAUAUUUCAGAAAUUCAUUGCCCCAGGUCAGCCUGCAACAAACGGAUUAGCGGAAAGGAAUGUUCAAACAUUCAAAAAUAGACUCAAAGCCAUGAUCGACGAACCACUAUCAAUUCAACAUAAAGUCCAAGAAAUACUUUUUCGAUAUCGAGCAACACCCUUAAGUAAUGGGAAAACACCUGCAGAACAAUACUUACAGCGACAAAUUCGUAUUCAACUAGACGCGCUUAAACCUGUCAAAUUUCAAGUAUCCACACCUUCAAAACUUACAACACGGCAAUUAAGCGUGGGAGAACGUGUACAAGCACGCUAUUACGCAAACAACAAAGCUCAAUGAAAACUCGGAACGAUCAUCAGGAAAUUCGGACAAUUCCAUUACCUGAUCAAAUUGGAUGAUGGGUAUACAUUCAAACGACACAUUGACCAACUACGCGCAACGGAUGUCCAACCAAAGAAAUCCGUAUCAUUUGCACCAGAGUCUUCGGAUGAACCAAAUCACAAUUCGAAUAACAAAGAAUCAGAUUUAGGGGAUCUAACCAGAGUUCCAGUCAAUCAGCCAGAACAGAUCGACCUCCAGGCCGGACUUCCAGAACCAGCAGCAGAGCGGAACCCAAGUCCAGAUCCAGAUCCAAUACGCCGUUCAAAUAGAUCACGUAGACGACCACAAUAUUUACGUGAUUACGAGAAGUAAUAAAAUAAGCCACCUGCAGUAUUUAAUAAGCGUGGGAGAACUAUUAUGACCGAUGACGUAUUUCGCGCACGUUGAAGGAUGGCACUACGGUAGGCGGGUCAGAUCAUCGACUCGAUGGCAGUUCGAUAAGUUGUCUGUACGAUUGAAAAUAUACGUCGUUAUAUAUCAACACAUAUUAAGAAUUCUUUCCCUUUCCAAGCGAAGCCUUAUCCGACACCUCGAACAGACACGACA